AUGAUGAACGUUUUCUACAAAAAAAAAAAAAAACCCCGAACCGACCGACGCCAAGCGAGUCAUCAUCAAAGGGAAGAGCCGCGUCGUGGUGAAGGAUGGAAUAGAGGGGCGGAGGGUGACGAGGUCGAUGUCGGCGGCAGCGGCGAUGCAGGUCGAGGUGACGAAGGUGGACAGAGGGAAAGGAAGAGGGGUAGCUGAGGAAAAACGAUGGUCCGACCACGAGCCCGAGGACGAUGUCCUGCCCGCCCUUCCCCUCUUUGAGGACGUCACCACCGCCAAGAGCGCCUCGACCUCGACUACCCAUUAAUGAUCAAGCACACCAUCAUCACCUGGAACGUAAGAAGGGGCAUGGGGGUCCCGGAAAAACGACGUCAUAUCUACACCUACCUUUCCACAUUCAAAGCUUCCGCGAUUCUCUUACAAGAGCAUUUCAUCAGACCACAAUUCUGGCAGUUCAUCAAGGACGAGUACGAGGGCAAGCUCUUCAUCAACCAGCACUGCCUGACCCUGAUCCCGGCCGACUCGCCCCUGAUCGACGCCGAGCUCUUGCGCACCCACUCGGCACUCGACGGCCGGCUCCUCGUCACCUCCUUUCGUCUGCGGGGUGACAUCAAAAUUCUAGAAAUCAACAACCUUUACGCGCCCGUUGCCCCAAAACAACGAGCAAAAUUCUUCGACAAACUGAUUCUCCACAAAACACAGAAAUCCCACCUCCGACUCCUUGGCGGCGAUCUCAACGACUGCCCGCGCCCAGAAGUCGAUCGGCGGAACCAAAGUCGGCGCGGCCACCACUGGCCGAUUCUGAUGGGCAAGCUUGACUCGGCCUACACGGACUGCAUCCGCUACAAGCACCCCAUCACCCCAUCUUUCACUCGACCUAAUCCCAAUCGCAAGCGACCCAACUCCUUCUCCCGGCUUGACUACUUUCUCCUACAGAGAGCUCACCAAAAAAGGCUCGACCAGGCCUCGACGAUCUACGACUAUCCCAAGGAUCUUUCUGAUCACCGACCGGUCUUGAUUGUGCUGGCUCUCUCAGACGAUCUUGAUGCGGCUCUCCCACAGCUCAGCCUACCUACCACAUCCAACCAACUACAUCGAAUCAAUACCACAACCUUCAAGACGGUGGAAUUUCAGCGGAUGAUGGAAGGAUGGUUGGAAGGGGCAAGCGGGGAGGAUCCGGUGCGAGAGCUUGAGGAGGUUCUGGAGGCGUGCAGGGACAGGGGUGGGGAGAUGGCGAGGAGGCUGCAUCGGGAGCGGACGGAACGGAUGGAGUAUUUGGUGGGGAGGGUGCAGGAUCUGGAGGCGUUACCGGUAUGGGGGGAGGCGGAAACGGCAGAAUGGACAAGGACGUCCGAGGAACUCAAGCGGGCGGUCGAGGAGCGCGCGCGCCUACUCCGGAUCCGAGCCCACGUCCCCGAGAUCGCUUCCGAGGAACGACUGUCGCGGCCGGUCCACGCCAAGCUCGCGGCGCGGAACUCGGACUCCAAGAUCACAGCACUGCGCUUGGGCAACGGAGAGCUAACGCAUGACAUUGAUGUCGCUCUUGACCACACGCAGGCGCAUUUCCAGCGCCUCUACCACAUCGAGCCUCGUGAUCCAGAACGCGUCGACCGACUUCGGGACGAACUCCUCGUGCCGAUCAGGGCGGCACGGACUUGCGACGACCCGCGCUCAGAUCCGCUCUUUCUGCGCCGACUCUCGGAAGCGCAGAUUGAUCUCCUCCAGCAACCCAUCACCGAGGACGAGGUCGUGGCCGCGAUCGGGACGACGCACCCGGGGAGAUCGCCGGGCCCGUCGGGCGUGCCUUACGAACUCUACCAGAACGCACCCGAGACGUGGUCCAAGGUGCUGACCAAGGCCUACAACGCGAUGAUCGAGCGCGGUUCACUCUCUCCCAAGCAGGGCCAGGGACUCGUGCGCCUCAUCUUCAAGCGCCACAAGAAGAAUGCCGAUCGCGCCGAACUCUCGUCGUAUCGCCCCAUCACCCUGCGCGAGUGCGAUUACAAGAUUUUUACCAAGGUCUACGUCGCCCGAUUGAACCAAAUUCUGCCCGAUCUCCUCCCGCCGCAGCAGCACGGCUUCGUCAAGGACCACCGAUCGGCCGACGCUGCACUACACCUUCGUCUCCUGAUCGAGGAACUUGGCGCGCGCAGGACCGAGUUCCCCGCGGCCGCGCUCUUGUCUCUUGACCAAUCAUCCGCCUACGACCUCGUCGAGCAUGACUGGAUCUUUGCCAUCUUCGACGCUCUGGGCGCUCCUGCCACUUUUCUUCGCGUGCUGAGGAUGCUCUACUCGGGUGACACGACCUCGGCGCGCUACAUCAUCAAUGGGUUCCUGACGGCGCCGGUGCGACUGACGUGUGGGCUCGGCCAAGGGGACCCGGCGUCAUCGUCGGUCUGGGACAUCGUGUUUCAGCCGUUCCUGGAUGCUCUACACCGUCGAAACAUCGCGCUGAAUCUCUCCAUACCUGCACUUCAUCCGUACCCACAGAGCCGCGCCAUUACAUCCCUUGCGUUUGCCGAUGACGUCGUCGUCGCCGUCGCGGGCUCGGAGUCACUCAACUUGCUCGACGACCUGGCGCUCGACUGGAGGCUCGCAACCAAUGGCCGGCUCAACACGGACAAGACGGUCGUCCUACCGAUUGGACGUCGCUGGGACCCUGGGGAACGGUCAAUCGUCGUCAAGGCCGCAGGCGAGUCGCUCGAGUGGAUCGGCCUCCCCUUCGACCCCAGCGGCGACACCGAACUCGCCUACGCGAAUCUCAUCGAACGGCUCGAGGCGACGCUGGAAGCGGUUCAGCAUCGCUGGCUCACGCACCACACCCGUGCCUUUUACGUCAAUCGGUACGCCAUUCCCAAGAUCCUGCAUUUCCUUGCAGCCGACAUCCCGCCGCCCGAAGUCGUCAAGAAGCUCGAUGACAUGCUCGUCGAUUUCGUCCGUGGGGGCAAGGGCAGGACCAGCUACGGCAGAGACAUUGUGUUCACCGCCAAGAACAAGGGGGGACUCGGGGUGAUAAGGAUGCGGGACGUUGUGGACGCGGUUGCGGCACGGCUCUGGGACGUUCUUCUCGGCGGUUCCGGCGCGAUUUGGCAAGGACUUGCGCGCGCAUCACUCCAGCGAGCUCAGCCCGACCUCGACCUGGCCACCGAUCUCUGGCCACAUCCAUCCACUCCCAUCCCCAACGACCUUCAUCCCCGAUGGCACGCCGCACUGGGCGUUCCGAAACUUCACGACGCGCAGGUCAACCCGAGGGCCUUGACCACCGCGAACUUGCUCGCGCUGCCCACCCUGCUCGGCAGCCUCCACACCCCCAUCAGAGGGAGACAGACCAUCGACGCGGUUCAUGUACCUGACUACCUUCGUCUCCAGGGCUACCCGAAGGUGGCGGAUCUCUAUCGACGCGAGUUGUAUACGGGUGGGGGGUUUCACCUCUGGACGCCGCCGGCGGAUGUGCUCGGCGACAACAGCGAGUACGAUCGACGCGGGCUCCCGCAGCGACUGGCAAUCGCGGCCUGGUACCGGUUCACUGUCGAUCGACACAAGAACACCCCCUUGGCGGCGGCGGUGGCGGCGGGACGACUCAACGUGCCUCCCCGGAUCGGCACCAGCGCACCGCUCGAGGCGAUCAUCCCCAAGCCCGUGGCCCGCUUCGCAAUGGAGCAGCGCCUUCCGGACCCGGUGCUUCCACAACAGGCGAGCCAGUAUACGCUGCUGAACAUGGCUCGCCCCUACACAGUCCGUCGCAUCCGCCGGGUCCUGAACGCGAAGGCAUUUACCAACAUGCUCGGGCUCAAGGGACCACCGCAGCCGGACGACCUCAGGAGCUUCUGGAAGGCAGUCAACUCGAAGGCACUGACGGCGAGGGAGAGGGAAGUUUGGUUCAAGCUGAUCCUCCGCUUCACCCCGACGCGCAAACUCCAGCACGAGCAAAAGCACGACACUUCUCCCGCGUGCCUCGUCUGCGAAGCGCCGGUGGACGACACCGAUCACUACUUCUUCGGCUGCUUCGACUCGCGAAACGUCUGGAUCGCGGCGAGGGGCGUGCUCUGCGACGCGCUCGGAUGCGACACGAUCGAGGACGCCGAGUACACGACGCUUCAACGACUCUUUGGCCUCCCCAAGCUCAAGGCCAAGCUCAGCGCACAGGAAGGCGCGGGCAGGACGAUCGAGAUCUUCACGGGGAUGGUCUUGGAGAUGAUCAGCAGUGGGAGAUGGAGGAUGCAGAAGCACGGGACGAGGAUGGAAAGCGUGGAGAGGAGGAGGGUGGUACUGGAGGAGAGGAUGAAGUUGAGGGCGGGAGGAGCAAGAGGCAGGCGAGGGCAGUAGAGGCUAGGUUCGAUUUCCCCCCACCCCAUCCCACACUCACACACCCCACAUCACACAUCCUCUUACAAAAACUGUAUACUAAAUAUAUUUUCUUCAUCUUUCUUUCUUUUAUUACAGGUCUGCCUCCGUUGCUCAUGGACCGGCUCGCGAUUUGGGAUUGACUCGACGGUGGCUCGCGCUCUCUGGCUUCGGGGUUCUGAGUGUAAGGGAGGGAUCAGCAGACACAGGCAGAAAGUCGGCUUUGAGGGGCCAGGGACUGCUGAGGUGGAGGUUUUGAGGGGCCUCCACCGCGUCUUGUUGUGACCGAGCAUAGACUUGGGAUUUCGCGGGUCAGGGUAGCUGCGCAGUCGCUCUCCUGUCUUUGUCUCGACCGAGUUGGGAAGUGGGUGCGGGGUGGGCCUCUUGUCGUUAGUACGCCAGUUCUUUUUCAUUUUCUCUCUCUCUCCUUCUCUCUCUCAUUCGUCUCCUGGGGGGGAGCAACCGCUUGGCUGGGGCACUUGAAUCCGAAGUAUCGGAUUGGUGGACUUGGCCCGUUUCUCGCAUCUUGCGGGCGGUUUGUGUUAUCAUCGUCGACUUCCAUCUAGUUUUUCCGUAGGCCAAUCAGGGGGAACAGGAAUUGGGGGCAAUAUGAUGAACGGUUUCUACAAAAAAAAAAAAAAACUUUCACUGGAGGAACCGCGAAUCCUCCAGCUUGGUCGCCCGAGGCAACUCAGGUCCGGUUGGACCAUGAGAAGCUGAUGAAGAAGACCUUCCAAGUGCUCGGGAUUGUUCCCUCCAGCAAGUCGACCCGCCGACUGAUGGUCCUGAUGCACGACGCCUCGACCCCGCCUUCGCAGGCGCCAGCGCUCGCACGAGCCGCCCAAAGAGCGGUGCGAAACGACGCAGCCCCGGCCUCCAAUGUGAUUCGAGUCAUUAUGGAUGGUCCUGGAUCACCCAGAGGUCCUGUACAGACCGCGCUGCGCAAGCACUUUGGAUUGGCCGAGACGCCGUUCAUGUUCGCGCGGCCCGAGGGCGUCGUGCUUGACCCCGAGGUCGAGAAGCUUUUCUCGAAAUGCGUGAAGCUGAACCCGAUUGUGACGAAAGCCACGAAGAGGUUCCCGAUCGCUCGUCACAUGUACGAGCUUGUAUUCGAAUCCGAGCAAGCUUGUCUUGAAGCCGCUUCAGCGGGCCCAUUCCCCUACCACGGCAAGGAGAUGGUUACCGAGCUCCCCAGCGCCUCUCCCCUUAACCACGUCGUGCAGGUGCGAUUCACCUUGCCCUCCUCCUCCAGCGCGAUCCCCGCUUCCGUGCUCCGAAAAUCUCUCGAUGAUGCUAUCACCCUUUCGUUCGGCCGCGCAGGUCGCACGCAAGGUUAUACCCUGAUGCAAUUACAGCGGGGCCUCGCGGUCGAUCCGAAUGGCGAUCCGAUGGCCAUGACCGAAGACGGGUUCCACUGCGCGUACCUUCGCUUACAUGCUGAUCUUUUCCAAGGCUCCAUCGAGACGCAGAAGGCUGCGCUCAACGCCGCUUUGCCACAAGAGAUCGAGAUCCUGGGCGCCAAGUACGGCUUGCGACACGAAUUCGAGACGCACUACUGCGCGGUGUGCGAUCGCGCCGGACACCAGUGGGGCGCUUGCAGGAAGCCGGUUUCGACUCCGGCCACCGCCGCCCCUGUUCCGGGGGCCUCGACCUCGACUUCGACUUCGACCACCGGCUUCCGAGUUGCUGGAAAGAAUGGGAAGCACGGUGGGCCUGCCGCAUUGAACUCUCGUGUCUCUGGCGCGAACAUGAUCCAGCUGGGACCUCGUGCUAACCCCGCAGGUGCAGUAACCGCCAACAAGGACGACGCGAACGACGGCGACGACGAGUCGGUCGUUUCGACCGAACCGGAGGGCGGUGACACUGGGGAAGAGACGUCGACGCGUGCGAUCCUGGGCUCAACAAAGGAGACGCAGACGACGACGGCGGCGCCCGUUUCGACCCCGACCUCUCCUUCGCCUUUGUCCGGUGGCACGUCGGGAUCAUCGGCAACCUCGACAACCUCGAUAGCCUCGACGAGUCCUCGACGCCUUCGUUCGAGCUCGGCACCCGGCAACCGACGUGUCACCCGGGCGGGAUCCGCCAUGAUCCUCGGUGCAUCAGGGGGUGAUGGCUCAGGGGGCAACAGUUCAGGGGGUCACAGGUCCGAGGUGACCGAAUUCGAGGGGGGCGGCGCUGAACUGAUUUAAUCAUGAUUGAGUCACUCACCGUGUUGACGUUCAACGUCCGAUCGAUGAAGAACGCAGUCAACCAAGUCAAAAUCAUCCGUUAUCUCAAAACCCUUCGGCCGGCCCUUGCGGCCAUCCUCCUGCAAGAGCACCACCUCAGCUACAACGCGUCGCGCGAAGGCUUCGAGAGUGCUUGGCCGGGGGCUUGUAUUCGUUUCACUCCUCAUGUCCUUACCCUCAUACCCGAUGGCUCACCUUUGGCGGGCCAUCUCCUUUCCUCUACCCCGGUCGUCUUUGCAGGAGCUCCUCGUUUCGACGGUCGGAUUCUGCGCUCGGUGUUUCGUCUUGAGGAGCUCGAUGUCGAGAUCAUCAACAUGUACGCGCCGGUGCAGGAGGACGAUCGUCGCGACUUUUUCGGGCUUCUGCACUUCAACGCCCCGAGACCCAAGACUCUUCGGAUCUUGGCCGGCGAUCUCAACGAUUGUCCGGAUGUAUCGGUCGACCGAGUGUCCAUCACCGAUCGCGCUUGGACUCCUGUAUCGCACUGGCAGACCUUGCUGUCAAAGAUCGCGUUCAAGGCACUCGACACGGUCCGACAUGUCCAUUCUUGCACCCCUGCAUUCACUCGUCCUCACUACCGUGGUAGAGGGGAAGAGCGAAAGAUUUGCUCGUGGUCACGGAUCGACUAUAUUCUUGUCCAAUGCAGUUGGGCGAACCGGUUGUUGAGCGCUUCUACGCUCUUCGAUGCGCCCUGUUCGGACCACAGACCUGUAGUUGCGACUUUCGCUUUGCCUACAUCGAACGUUGAUGCCGAACCCCCCCUUUCUCUUCCCUCCACGAGCGAUUUCAUUUCGAGGCUCAACCCAAUGGUCUUUGACGAUCAAGACUUUGUCGCAUCGAUUCCCGGGGUCGUCGACGAGGUCUAUCGAAGGCUCGAGGGGACCGCUCCGCUCGGCGACGUCUAUGACGCCGCUCUGCGGGCGGUUGCAGUCGCUGGCCAUGCACGAUACCGCUCGACUCGUGCCGACAUGCGCCGACUGCGGGCCGAGAGCCAAUCCGUCAUGGAGGCUUUGGAGGCACGCGGUGAGCACAUGAAUGAGGCCGAGCGCGAUGCGUAUGCUCUUGCCAAGUCGCGGUUGGACCAGUUGGCGGUAAAGGAGGCUCAGUGGCUGCGCAUUCGUGCGCAUGUGCCGUCAGUCGACUCGAGGGAAGGUCAAUCGGCAAGCAUUCGCACGCGCCUCAACCGCCGGAGUCGCCAGACGAGCAUCGUCUCGCUGGAGGAUGUGGAUGGCACCGAGACCGUUGACAUGCAGGAGGCGCUGGGUAUUGCUUCACGGCACGCGCAGUCGCUCUUCACGCCGGACCCAGCUCGUGGCGACCCGACGAACGCACGCCGGUCCCUGCUCGACCCUAUUCGCGCAGCGAAAUGCUACGAUGACGACCGCUCGGACCCUACGUUCGGUCGUCGGCUGCCUCGUCAAGCGAGAGUGGCGCUUGACGAGCCCUUCACCCUCCUCGAGGUUGAAGCGGCGUUGAAGAAGACGGAUUCGGGGCGAUCACCGGGGCCCUCGGGCAUUCCGUACGAGCUCUUCAAGGCGCUGCCAACCUACUUUGCUCCCAAGCUGUUGGACUUGUUCAACUCGAUUUGGGAGGGCGGCAAAAUGACGGCGUCCUUGGCAGAGGGGCUGGUGCGGCUCUUGCCCAAGAAUAAACCGGGGGCCAAUCUGAAAUCACUGGGGGCAUACCGACCGAUCACAUUGCGCGAGACGACCUACAAGGUCCUCAGCAAGGUCUUGGUGGCGCGACUCAAUGGGGUGCUCGGCGAGCUUUUGCCGCCGGCGCAACACGGUUUCAUGCCAUCAAGACGUUCAGCGGACGCGGGAAGUCAUCUCACUCUCCUUCUCGAAAAACUCAAGUCGCUAGGCACUGAUAUUUUCCCCGAGGGCGCCCUCUUGUCUUUGGAUCAGCAGAGCGCGUACGAUCGGGUCGAUCACGCCUGGAUCUUCGAGGUCUUUGAGGCCUUUGGGUUCGGUGAGCGUUUCAUCUCGCUGCUGCGCGCUCUCUACGAUCCCGAGACUCUGGGGGUGCGCUACCUUGUCAAUGGGUUCCCCACGGACUUGGUGCGGUUGCUGUGUGGUCUCGGUCAGGGGGAUCCCCUCUCGUGCCCGGUUUGGAACAUCACGUACCAGCUCUUCCUCGACGCCCUCGUUCGGCGCGGGAUCGCGCUCGACCUGCAGAAGGUGUGGCCAGGGGGGCCGCGUGCGCAGCUUACGCAUCUGGCGUUUGCCGACGAUGCUGUGGUGGUGGUGGAGUCACCGGCGGCAUUGUCGAAGCUGCAAACGCUGUCGCAGACGUGGUACGAGGCUACCAACGGGAAGACCAACACGGACAAGACGCUGGUGCUACCACUCGGACCGAACUGGCUUCGGGACGAGACUGCGCAGGCGCUGCCAACGGUGCAGGAGGGGGAGAGCUUCAAGUGGUGCGGCUAUGCCUUCUUUCGCCACGGUGACUCGAAACUGUUUUGGACCCAUGUUCUUGACAGGAUCAAGGCCAAGGCCCGCGCCGCUCGAGACCGGACACUUUCGCCGAGUGGGAAGGUUUUCUAUGCCAACGCUCACAUCAUCUCGACGGUCCUCCACGUGCUGUCCUUCGACAUACCGCCUCAAUGGUUCAUUAAGGCGGCGGAGACGGCACUUACGGACUUUGUCUGGGGAGGAGCAGGGCGAAAUACCGUCGCUCGCGAUUUCGUGUUCCAGGCUCGGGAGGACGGUGGCUUGGGUUUGAUUUCGAUUGGCGACAUCGUUCAUUCGGUGGCGCUUCGAUUUUGGGAUGCUGUGGCGGGCUCGGACGAGGCGAUCUGGGCGCCCCUAGCUCGCGAGAGCUGGAGGUGCCUCGUCGCUGCGACCCGCGAUUUCAGUCCGUGGGGGUUCUUCAGCAGCACGGCUCGGGUCGAGAAGCUGUAUCGCGACUCGACACGCUGGGGGGCAGUCGUUGCAGCGGCCAGGGUCACAGUUCCAACCAUCAAGUCCGAACUCCUUACGCUUCCCGAAUUGCUCUCGCUUCCGCCUCGCCUCCCUUCACUCUAUGCUGAAGGUGCCCAGCACGCAUAUGACGAUGCGGACGCGGUGGCGAAGUUUGCGCAGAUCGCGGACCUGUACUGGAGGGACGAAGGGAAGGGAUGGGCUCUGGUUGGUCAUCGACGCGGGUUCUGGCAGCACUCUAAGGAACCCGCCCUACAGCACGAGCACGUGUGGUCGCGCGUGGGUCAGUUGCUCAAGGCGAAAGCGUUGCUGCCCAAGACCGCGUUGCGACCUGCUCGGAUACCUCUCAAGGAGGCUCCCCGUCCUCGGUGCUUCAACUUCUUUGGGCUCUCCCGACCUUUUACGAUUCGCAAGCUUCGUCGGCUUGUGAACAAGGUGCGGUUCCCAGGGAGGGAGGACCGUGUCAAGCGUUUCCCUGAUGGGACUUCUCAGAGCGAUAGGAAGCGCUUCUGGAGAUGGCUUCAUGACCGGUUCGCGUCUGCUGUCGAGCAGGACACCCACUGGCGGCUCAUGUACGACGUGACGCCGACGCGCAAGAGGCAGCAUACUCAGGGUCAUGCCUCUUCGCCGACGUGUCUGUUCUGUGGCAACGAUGCAGCGGUCAUCGAGACGGUGUCCCACUACUUUUUCGAGUGCGCGUACUCGACCAGCUUCUGGGGUGGGGUGCUACGCAUUCUGCUUGACAAGCUCGGCAUCGAGGAUACCGACGUCGAUCCGUCGACGUUCACUCCGGAGCAGCUGACUAUGGGGCUCCCCCUUUUGCGGGGUCGUGGGAGAACGACCUCGAAAUGGAUGUGGGUUCGGCUGGCCUGCGCGAUCGGCUUCCAGCGGCUGCACCUGCUCCGCUGGCGCGUUCAUCAGCGGUUCGAGCUGGACAACGUCGUGGCCCCUCCCUCGCUUCCCAGUGCGCUCAGAGCGUUCGAGCGAGAUUUUCUCUCUCGAGCGGGUUUUGUGCCUGGGGUUCGAGAUUGGGAGGUGUGAUGACCGAGUUAAGUCCUUCCUUCCCAUUUUCCUCCCCUCCUUUCCUCCCUUCCUUUUCGGUCAGAAGCUGACUGUCUUGAAACUUGUUGCGCAGUGGAAGGCUGCGCACCUCUCCCUCUCUCUACUUUGUGCAGUAGCGGUUUUCGUUCUUGGAUGGAUCGGCAAGCCGGGUCGAUCGUCGUUGCGUUGGAGGCUUUGUGAAGUUCUCCCCUCUCUUUCCCCUUUCUCCCUUCCCUUCCUCUUCUCGUUCCUGUUGCUCGGUUGUUGACUACGCUUCAGCCACUUCUCCUUUUAUUCCUAAGCCGUGUGUUGGAUUCCGUCGAAUAGAUCGUUCGUUCGCGUUGGUCAAGAUCUACGGCAUGGAUCGGGAAGAAAGGUCGCUCGUUUUUUUGGUCAAUAUCCUCGCGUCAAGGCGAGGCUCGUUUCGUUGUAUUGGAUCGUUUUCGCUCGGCCCUGACGGCUCAACAGCCAGCACUCGAGACUCAGCCAAGGGAGGACAUCAGGCGCUGUCGGGGUGACGAGUAG